CUUCAUUUUGUUACAGCGAAAUAUUCUCUCUCGGUCUGAAAAGUGCUUUUGAAUCCAAAUCUACUCGUCAGUUCUCAAUUCUGAAGAAGAAGAAGAAGAAGAAGAAGAAAAAUUUCUCUAGUGAUUAAGUUGAAAAAAGUCACUUCCGAUCACUCAAACAGUUCUUUUUCUUCUCUCUCUCAGCCAAGCUACUCAGACUGGGAAGAAAAGUCCAUAAGGUGCAAGUCAUUCAGAUAUGGAAGAAGAGUUGCAAGCAAGUCCAGAUAUACCAGUCAUGAAGGUGGUUGAGAACACAGAUAGCAGUGCCGAUCUCACUAAGUUCACAGGAGACUUGAAGCAAGUGCAAAAGGAAGAAAAGAAAGAAGAGGAAGAAACAGCAUUGGAUGGAGAAUUUAUAAAAGUAGAGAAGGAAUCCUUAUAUGUAAAGGAUGGUUCACAUACUGCAGAAACACCUGGUGCUUCAUCUGUCAUUGAACGAAGCUUAAGCAAUUCAUCUGAAAGCAGAAGAUUUCUAGAAACCCAAGAAACAGUGAAAGAACUUGAACUCGAAUUGGAAACAGUAGCUGGAGCACUAAAGCAUUCUGAAUCUGAGAAUGCUCAGCUGAAGAAUGAAGUCUUGCUUACAAAGGAGAAGCUGGAGGAAAGUGGGAAGAAAUAUGACGAACUUGAACUUAAUCACAAGAAACUGCGGGAGCAGAUCAAGGAAGCUGGGGAGAGAUACAAUCUACAGGUUAAUGCAUUCCAAGAGGCAUUACAAGCUCAAGAAACAAAGCACAAAGAGCUGGUCAAUGUGAAGGAAGCAUUUGACCAUAUGGGCCUUGAGUUUGAGAGUUCGAAAAAGAAGAUGGGGGAGCUAGAGCAAGAGCUGCAAACCGCUGGUGAGGUGCAUAAGUUUGAGGAGUUGCAUAAGCAAAGUGGUUCACAUGCCGAAUCUGAAACAAAAAGGGCCAUAGAGUUUGAAAGGUUGCUUGGAUUGGCCAAGUUGAGUGCAAAAGAAAUGGAAGAUCAGAUGUCUUCCCUGCAGGAAGAAAUCAAGGGCCUGUACAAGAAUAUCGCUGAAAAUCAGAAGGUUCAAGAAGCACUGAAGAGUACCACAGCUGAGCUGUUCAUGGUUCAACAGGAGUUAGAGCUUUCAAAAUCACAAGUUCUGGAAAUGGAAAAGAGGUUUGUUUCAAAGGAGGCUCUUAUACAUGAACUGACCCAAGAAUUAGAUAUGAGAAAGGCUUCAGAAUCUCAGGUAAAGGAAGAUAUAUCAGCACUUGAUAAUUUGUUGGCUUCAACAAAAGAAGAUCUUCAAGCGAAGGUGUCCAUGUUGGAAGAAGUCAAACUCAGGCUGGAGGAGGAACUGCAUUCAAAGGAAUUGCUAGAAUCUGGGUUGAGAAUCCAGGAGUCACAGGUUGCAAUGAUACAGGAGGAGCUCUCCAAAGUAACCAAAGACAAAGAAGCUCUCGAAGCUGCUGUGGCUGAUUUAACAAGUAAUGCAGCUGAAAUGAAGGAGCUAUGCAGUGAUCUUGAGAUGAAGUUGCAAUCAUCAGAUGAGAACUUCUGUAAAGCUGAUUUUCUCUUGUCUCAAGCUUUGGUGAAUAGUACUGAACUGGAACAAAAGUUAAAAUCUCUGGAAGAGCUCCAUCAUGAAUCUGGAUAUGCAGCAACAACUGCCCAACAAAAGAAUCUUGAGCUGGAAGACAUAGUACGAGCUUCGUAUGCAGCAGCAGAAGAAUCUAAAUUGCAACUGAGAGAGCUCGAGACGCGUUGCAUAGCUUCAGAACAGAGAAAUGUAGAGCUAGAGCAAUUGCUAAAUCUUCUAGAACUGAAAAGAAAUGAUGCUGAAAGAGACCUGAGAGAGUUUGCUGUAAAAAUUUCUGAACUCAGCAGCACAUUGAGAGAAGUAGAGGAAGAGAAGAAACAGCUGAGCGCCCAAAUGCAAGAAUAUGAGGUUAACAUAACUCAGAUGGAGUCAUCCUUGAACCAGUCAUCUUCAUGCAAUUCUGAGCUUGAGUUGGAAUUAAAGAAUGUUACUGAGAAAUGUGCUGAACUAGAGGGACGAGCCAAUGUGACACAUGAACGCAGCCGUGACCUAGAAGGUUUAUUCCAAGUAUCUCAUUCGAAAGCAGAGGAUGCUGACAAAAAGGUGAAAGAGUUGGAGCUGUUGCUUGAAGCGGAGAAAUACAGAAUCCAGGAACUUGAAGAACAAAUAAGCACGUUAGAAAAGAAACAUGGGGAUGUAGAAGUUGAAUCCAACAAACACUUUGAUAAGAUAUCUGAACUUGAAGCUGAACUAGAGGCACUCCAAUUAAAAGCAUCGAGCCUUGAGGUUGCACUGCAAAUGGCCACUGAAAAAGAAAGAGAAUUAACUGAUGUCUUGAAUGGCACAACAGACGAGAAGAAAAAUUUAGAAGAUGCAUUGGGAAAUUUCAGCAAGAAGCUCGCUGAAACAGAAACUCUCCUCGAAGUCUUACAGAAUGAAUUGAAUCUGACUCAACAGAAAUUAGAAAGCACUGAAAAUGAUCUCAAAGCUGCUGGGAUGAGAGAAAGUGAAGUUACGGAGAAGCUCAAGUCUGCCGAGGAACAACUAGAGCAUCACGGUAGCGUGUUAGAGCAAGCUACUGCAAGAAACGCAGAGCUUGAAUCACUACAUGAGUCUCUAUCAAGAGAUAAAGAGCUGAAACUCCAAGAAGCAAUGACAAUCUUCACCAACCGAGAUUCAGAGGCAAAGUCAAUGUUUGAGAAACUUAAGUUUCUUGAAGAUCAAGUGAAGGUUUACGAAGAGCAGAUAGCUGAAGCAGCUGAAAGAUCCGCAUCUGCGAAGGAAGAAUUGGAUCAUUUUACAAUGAAACUCGUUUCUUUCGAGACAUUGAAUGAAGAACUCAAAAGAAAGGUUUUGGAGGCAGAAGAGAAAGCUGCACAGUUUUUCUCAGAGAAUGAACUGUUGGUUGAGACAAAUACACAGCUGAAAAACAAGGUUAAUGAACUUCAACAAUCACUGAACUCAGCUCAUACUGAAAAGGAAGCCACUUCUGAGCAACUGAUGUAUCACAUGAAUACUAUUACUGAAUUAACUGAUCGGCACUCGAAAGCAUCUGAACUUCAUUUAGCAGCUGAAGCACGGGUUUCAGAGAAUGAAAGACAGUUACAUGAAACCAUUCAGAAAUUUAGUCAAAGAGAUCUAGAAGCUAAGGACUUAACUGCAAAGCUAAAUGAACUUCAAGGACAGAUAAAAAUGUAUGUAGAACAAGCUCAUGAAACAUCUGGUGUCACAGAAAAUCAAAAAGUUGAGCUCGAACAGACCCUCUUGAAAUUGAAGGGUCUGGAAGGCAUUGUUGAAGAGCUGCAAAACAAGUCAGGCCAAUUUGAAAAAGAGAGGGAACAGCUGGCUGAGGUGAAUUCAAAGCUUACUCAGGAUCUGGCUACGUAUGAGUCCAAGCUAAAUGAUCUACAAGCAAAGUUGUCUGCAACAGUUGCUGAGAAGGACGGAAUACUGGAACAGCAUCACUCUUCGAAGAAAUUGAUAGAAGAUUUGACAGAGGAGCUUACGCUUGAAGGGCAGAAACUACAAUCUCAUAAAGAAGCAGAUUCUCAAAAAGACUUUGAACAAGUGGCUGCACUGAAGAAGCGUUCCUUGGAAGAUCUUGAAGCUAAGAACAAAGUGAUCUUAUUUCUAGAAAAGCAAGUGAAAGAGCUUGAGCAGAAAUUACAGCUAGCUGAUGCUAAAUCAAAAGAAAAGGGUGAUGAUGGAAGCAGUGCAAUUCAAUCGAAGGAUGGAGUGGAGGUGAAAUCUAGAGACAUUGGAGCGACAAUUUCUACUCCAUCAAGACGGAAGAGUAAGAAAAAACAAGAAGCUACGUCUGCACAAACUCCAUCCUCAGAGGCCCCUACUCAAACCACCGAGGUUUCGUCUCCUAUCACUAGCAUUAAGUUCGUUUUAGGUGUGGCCCUAGUGUCUAUCAUCAUUGGCAUAAUUCUUGGAAAACUGUAUUAGUUUAUCGCAAGUAUGGGUUUUACCUCUAAUAACUGUAUGCUCUCUCUUUUCUUUUUC